GAGAAAACAAACAAUAAAUAAUUAAUAAUAAAUAAUUAAAAAUGUCUUCUUGCGCAGUGGCAGCAUCAAAUUCACCGGUCUUCUCGCCUUCAUCCUCCGUUUGCUCUCCCAAAUCUUCUUCUUCUUCUUCUUCUUCUUCUCCUCGUCUCGUUCGUUUCCACAAGACAAGUGGGCUCGCUAGGGCUUUCUCCGCCGCCGCCGGAGAUUCGUCAUCCGCCGCUUUGAAGAGGAAGAGGCCGCCGCAAUUGGAUAUUCCGGUGGUGGUUUCGAUGUCGGAGAAUAAAUCGGCGGCUGCGCCGCUGGUUGAGGAGGCGGUGGUGGAGGUGGCCGGAGAUGGGUAUUCGGUUUAUUGUAAAAGAGGGAGAAGGCACGGUGAGAUGGAGGAUCGAUAUUCUGCUGUGAUUGGUCUUCAAGAUGAUCCGAUCAAGGCUAUAUUUGGUAUAUUUGAUGGACACGGUGGCACAAAGGCAGCUGAAUUUGCAUCUCAAAAUUUGGACAAGAACAUCAUUGAUGAAGUGAGAAAACUCGACCAAUCAGAUGAAGGCAUUGAGCUAGCUGUAAAAAACGGUUACUUAACAACUCAUUCGGAAUUUCUAAAGAAAGAUUUUCGAGAAGGAGCAUGCUGCGUCACAGCACUCAUCGCCGGAGACAAACUAGUGGUAUCGAACGCCGGCGAUUGUCGCGCGGUUGUCAGCAGAAACGGGGCGGCAGAGGCUCUCACCUCCGAUCACCGCCCGUCCAGGGAGGACGAGAAACACAGGAUCGAAACCCUGGGUGGUUUUGUGGAAUGUCGGAAUGGCGUUUGGAGAGUACUAGGUUGUUUGGCGGUGUCUCGAGCUAUCGGAGAUAAAUAUCUCAAGCAGUGGAUUUCGGCAGAACCGGAGACUAAAGUACUCAAACUCGAACGUGAGUUUGAGUUUCUUCUACUUGCUUCUGAUGGAUUGUGGGAUAAGGUGAGCAAUCAAGAAGCAGUAGAUAUUGCUCGCGAUUUGUGCAAAGGCGUCGAAAAGCCUCAGCCUUUAUUGGCGUGUAGAAAGCUCGUCGAACUCUCUGUUUCGAGAGGCGCUAGUGAUGACAUAAGCGUGAUGCUAAUUCAAUUGGGGAAAUUUUGUUAACUAUAAUUAUGUUAGGAACAACAAGAGUGAGAAAUUUAACAAGUUGUAAAUUAAUUUUCUCUUUUUUUUUUUUUUUGUACUUUAGCUAUCUUGGUGACAUUAUUUUUUAGUUGCCUUUAUGGAAUAAACAGCACCAGAUUUUGAUGAGCAGAACCUGUAAAGUACUAGUUGAUAUAUCUUGGGAAAUGACCAAAAUGACCCUGUCAAGAUGUAGUAAAAGUAUCGGUAUUGUAGACGCUAACGUUAGUCGUUAUUCG